AUGCUCCGGAUAACCGACGAAUACACCGAUGUGUCCAACCGGGAUGCAAUAAGGUCUACACAAAAAGCUCACAUCUCAAAGCUCAUCUACGCAUUCACACAGGAGAAAAACCUUAUUUUUGCCAAUGGCCAAGAUGUUCGUGGACCUUCGCACGAUCUGAUGAACUUACGCGGCACUAUCGGAAGCACACUGGCGCCAAACCUUUUCGGUGCCCUGCAUGCUCGAGAUGCUUCGCCAGGAGCGAUCAUUUACAGAAUUGUGCAAUUGCUCGUGAUAUCGAAAACUUACAAAAUAUUUGUUUACCGUGCACAAAGCCUCAUAUUUCACUCGUUCCGUUAG